AUGAGCAUGAAAGAAGCCAAGUGAAUCUUACCUUGCAUUAAGCCAAGCCCCUUAUCUACCCCUGAGCAGACAAUGUCUUAUUUAACAAAAAUAAGAAUAGGGACAUUUCAGGUGGUUUUUGUGAUAAUAGUGUUUACGAUUGCCAUCUCAUUUUUGUUGGCUUUUGAUAUUGAUGGCUUCUCUAUUGGAGACAGUAGCACAGACUCUCUCUGGUUUUGACUAAGCGCUAUUAGAUCGAUCAGUUCUGGAUUGGCCUUGUUUUAUUUGGUAAAUUAUUCUUUUUUUGCGGCUAGAAUUCCUGAGCUAUAUGAUUUGCAGCUUAAAGCGAAAUUCAACUUGGUUCAGCUUUCCAUGGUGUUCACAGAACUUCAGCCUAUAAUAAUUUCAUUCUGUGCAGAUCAGGGGUGGAUAGCUAAUACUGAUGACUACUCCAAAGAAGAAAUUACAAGCUGGACAAAUAAUUUAUUGCUGUGCUCAGAAAUGAUUAUCGUUGGUUUUUUGCAAAUUCUGAUAUUCCCUGUAAAAGACUAUAAUCCCUUGAAAUUUUUUGCUUUGAUAUCUUGGGUACCAAAUUAAUUUGAGGACUGGCCGGUUCAGUCUAUGCCACUAAAAUGCUUUAUAUGUAAAUGUCAGAAAGCAAAAUAAUUAAAGCAUCAUAUGAUACUCCUCCAUCUUCAAGAAGAUGCUUCAGCCAGAGAGAAAGUUUGAAUUGUCGCCCGAUUAAGUAA